AUGACACAAUCCGAUUUUGAAGACAUGGUAUUUAUGAAACCCAGAUCAAAAUGCGUUAAAGAAGCAUUAAAAGAUAUCAUUCCAGAAUGUAUGAGAUUGGGGGUAGAUUCAAUCGAACCAGGAUUACAAAAAAAAGCUGCUAUUCAGUUGUCUAUUUGCGAGUUUGAAAACUCUAAAGUUGUCUAUCCAAAUUCGUGCUAUAAUAUGAUCAGUGAAAAUGAUUUUGAUAGCUGCAUAUUUGACAUAGAGAGAGCACCCCAGUAUUGGACAACCUUUAGUGGAUACUACAGAGAAAUUACUAAAAUUUGCUAUGAAGAGUCUUUACCUUUUGAAAAGGAGCAAAUAAUCUUGUUAUAUUCUAACAUCACAAAGUUAUAUAGUAAAAUGUUUCAAGACCUAAACGAUUCAUAUAGAGAUUCUAGCCACAUACAACAAACGAUGAAAAAAGAAUUUAAGGAAUUACAGCAUACGAUAAAGGUUAUUUUGGACCAAAAUGAAAAAAUGAGCGAAGAAAUGAAAGAAAAGUAUGAAGAGUUUUCUGAGCAAUAUAGUACAAUGUUGCUGACUUCUCUAGAAAUUUCUAAAAAUUUUUCAUUAGGUAGCGAGAGUAUUGUUGAGGAUAUGGCAAACAGCAUUAAGUAUUUGGACCUAGAGAUAGCAAGAGUUUCCUUUGCAUUUGAAGACUCGGAUUUUGAGGCAAAAUUAACAGACUUGAAAAAUUCAGCACUAGAUGAUGUUCGAAAUUUAUCGGACGAAUCUAUAUCAGUUUUGGAUAGUAUACUUACAAAUUUAGAGUCGUUAGAUGUUCUAGCUCAAGGUACUCAAAACAUCACAAGUGGUAUAUCACAAUCUUUGAGAGAAAAUGAAGUAUUAACGAAGAAAAUGCAAAAUCUGCUAAAAGAGACAGAUACGCAGGUUCAUGAGCAUAACGAUGUGAUCAAAUUUGAGUUUGAAGAAACUAUCUCUUAUCUUGCUCAAUUCAGUGAACAAGCAAUAGACAGUGCUAUCAGAGAUACAGGUGAAGAGAUUUCUAAACACGUAGCCACCUUUAUCGAUAAUAUCAAUUUAAGGCUCGAGGAAACUACCACCAAACUUGAAGAGGUAAUUGAAAAUAUUGAUGACCUCUCAGAUAAAGUUGGUAAUGCUUCAUCUUAUUUAGUAGAAGGUUUGAAUCUUCUAACAAGCAAUGGGAUUAUGGAUGUAUUAUUAUUGACAUAUAACAGUGUAGCAUCUGGGUUGGAAGGUGGUUUCGGAAUGCUUACUACGCUCAAAUCUGACAUAAUAAAAAUAGCACGUUUUAUAACGGUAAGUGUAUUAUUUGCUGCAUUAUUUAUUUGGAGUAUGAAUAAAAUAUUUUUUGGGAACCAAAUGAAGCAUUCGACAUUAUCACUGAUAAGACCCAUGGGAACUCCAUACUUCAGUCGUAUUUUUAGAUUCUUAACUAAUUUAGCUCUAUGGCUAUCUGUUAUGGGUGGAACAUUAUUAGCUGUGCUUGUAACAAAUUUUUUAAUACAGUUAAAGAUUUAUAUUUCUAAGUUAUCUAUUAAUGAUUAG